UGAGCAUCGUACCUUACCUGAAACCUUUCAGCGACUCUCAUUGGUUCUUCUGUUUAAUUUGGAUGCAUUUUUAACCACCUCGCUGAAUUUUCCAAUUGUCUAAGUGUGAGAGAAAUCAGCAAGAACAGAAAGACCGGAGGAGUUUUACUACAAUGAAUCGAAUAUUGAUCCCGAUGCUGCUCGCUCUCGGGCUGUCCGGCGUGCGCGCGCACAGAGUGAAUAAGCACAAGCCGUGGAUCGAGAGCUCAUACCACGGCGUCAUCACAGAAAACACGGACGUGGUUCUGCUGGAUCCUCCUUUAGUGGCUCUGGACAAAGACGCUCCGGUUCCGUAUGCUGGUGAAAUCUGUGGCUUUCACGUGCAGGGUCUCAGCGCUCCGUUCGAGGCCGUGGUUCUGAACCGUACGUCAGGGGAGGGCCGUCUGCGAGCGCGUGGACUGAUCGACUGCGAGAGACAGAGAGAGUUCACCUUCAUCAUUCAGGCUCACGACUGCGGCACGGGGCCGGAGGGACACGCGGAGAAGAGAUCACACAAGGCCGUGGUGCGUGUGCAGGUGGGAGACGUGAACGAGUUUUCUCCGGUGUUCGCUCAGUUGGAGUAUCACGGCUCGGUGACGGAGGGCAAGGUGUAUGACAGCAUUGUGCAGGUGCAGGCGUCGGACCAGGACUGCUCUCCUCAAUACAGCCAGAUCUGCAACUACCAGAUCACCUCUCAGGACGCAGCCUUCGCCAUAGACCGCAACGGUAACAUCAGGAACACGGAGAGCCUGAGCUUUGAUAAGAUGUCGCAUUACAAAAUCCGCGUGACGGCGCUCGACUGCGGUCAGAAGAGAGCGGCGCGGGACGCCGUCGUGCACAUCCACGUCAAGCCUGUAUGCAAGCCCGGAUGGCAGGGCUGGAGCAAGCUGGUUGACUACGAACCGGGGACGGGCAGUAAGCUGUUAUUUCCCAAGAUGCACCUGGAGACGUGUGCGGGGUCGGUGUCGUGGAUCAGGACCACGGUGGAGCUGGAGACCAGCGGUGCCGGGAGAGGCUGUGACAGACAGUCUUACUCUGAGCGCUCCUUACAGAAGCUCUGCGGAGCCUCAUCAGGCAGCACAGAUCUUCUGCCGGCCCCCAGCGGUGUUUUUAAUUGGACGGCGACUCUUGUGACGGACGGCGGCCUGGACAGUGACCUCACAUACCGCUUUGAUGGUCGUCAAGCUGCCAAGAUCCCAGACUGGGUCGUACUGCAGAAUCUAACCCAUCAGUUUACCAUAACCACGUGGAUGAAGCACGGGCCGAGUCCAGGACAGAGAGCCGAGAAAGAAACACUGCUCUGCAACUCUGACAAAACAGAGAUGAACCGACACCAUUACUCUCUGUACGUGCAUAACUGCAGGCUGGUUUUCCUGCUGAGGACGGACUACACACAGACAGACUCCUUCAGACCGGCCGAAUUCCACUGGAAAUUAGAGCAGAUCUGUGAUAAGGAGUGGCAUUAUUACGUCAUCAGCGUUGAUUUCCCAGUGGUGUCUCUGUAUGUGGACGGCGUGACCUAUGACCCGUAUCUGGUGACGGACGACUGGCCCAUCCACUCGUCUCAGAUCGACGUGCAGCUCACCGUAGGAGCCUGCUGGCAAGGUGGUGAGGUCUCUAAAGCAAAGUUUACGCAGUAUUUCAGAGGCAGUUUGUCUGGACUCACGGUACGAGCAGGAAAGAUGGAAAGCCAGAAGAUCAUCUCCUGCCUACAGGCCUGCAAAGAAGGACUGGACAUCACCUCACUGGAAAACCUCGGACAGAGGAUAAAGGUUACACGCACAUAUCCGCCUAACUUUAUAAAAACGCUGUACAAAAUCUAAAUCACAAAUCCGAAUGAACGAGCUACAGCCUCUUCAAGGUCACAGUUUUGAUUGCACGUUCUGGAAAACGUUACACUGCAAGUCGCAUUGCAUUAGUCCUGAAAAGGAGUUCGCCCGUGAAUAA